AUGUUCAACUUCGGUCUCUUUCUGCUGACGGCCAUCUUCGCCGGUGACCGAGCUCUUGCGGCAGGCGUAAGCGGGGCCGCUGAAGGCUUUGCGAAGGGUGUCACUGGCGGCGGCAGUGCCACAGCCGUCUAUCCUACGACUAAUGCCGAACUUGUUAGUUGUUGUGCUCCUUAUGGAACCGCCUCGGGCUGUCAAACGGCAAUCAACCAGAACGACUGGUGCACGAAUUACCAACCAAAUGCUCCCAAAGUGUCGGUCACCUACGACAACGCCGCGAUCUCCGCGAUCACUGUCAAGUCGAACAAAUCGCUUGUCGGCUCUGGCAGCGCCGGAAUUAUCAAAGGAAAGGGGUUGAAGAUCGUCAGCGGCGCCAGCAAUAUUAUCAUCCAGAAUGUACACAUCACGAACCUCAACCCUCAAUACGUUUGGGGUGGCGAUGCCAUCACCUUGAACGGAGCCGAUCUGGUUUGGAUUGACCAUGUCAAGACCUCUCUCAUUGGACGUCAACAUAUCGUAUUAGGAUAUGACGCUUCAAACCGCGUCACCAUCUCUAACACUGAGAUAGACGGAUCAACCUCUUGGUCUGCCACAUGUGAUGGUCACCAUUACUGGGGUCUCUAUUUCACUGGCUCCAAUGACUUGAUUACGCUGAAAGGCAAUUACAUUCAUCACACAUCAGGACGGUCUCCGAAAGUAGGCGGAAACACCCUCCUCCAUGCAGUGAACAACUACUGGUACGCCAACUCAGGACACGCUUUCGAGGUGGACGCGGGCGCGAUGGUGGUCGUCGAGGGCUCCGUCUUCCAAAAUGUCGUCGCCGAGGUUGAGGCGAGCAGUUUCGCAGGAAAGAUGUUCAACAGCCCGGAUACCACCAGCAACGCGGCGUGUGCGUCGUACCUGGGCCACACUUGCCAGCUCAACGCCUUUGGAAGCAGCACCGGAUACAGCGCCAAGGAUACGUCCUUCUUCUCCAACUUCCAGGGCAAGAACAUUGCCAGCGCGAGCACGGCAACUUCGGCACAGUCGAGCGUUCCAAACUCGGCUGGCAUUGGCAAAAUCUGA